CGGCCAUAUUGAAAUUCUCUUUAUUGUCGCUGGCCACACGCUGCUGUGUACAUCUGUAGACAUUUGAACCAUUACAGUGUACACUGGACAUGGGUUAUAGCUGUAUAAAAAGGAUAUGAUAAACAAGUUAUGAUCUACAGAGAUGUUUCAUCAGUUGGUGAAUUGAAUUACUCCUUCGUUCAGACAACGCCUUCAACUAGCUUAGAUAGCUAACCCCAAAAUUUAGGAAUUUAGAAUCUUAUUUUGUCUCUGAUAGGGUAUUUCUCUUGUGACAAUGUCAAGUCAGAAGUCAUGUUCUUCGGAAGCUGGCAAGCUGCCCAUUUAUCAAUUCAAGAAAGAGCUCGUCCAGGCGGUGAAAGAUAAUAUUUUUCUGGUUGUCACUGGAGAGACUGGUAGUGGUAAAACAACACAGCUGCCUCAGUAUCUGUACCAAGCAGGUAUUUGGAAGGAUGGUAGAAUUGGCGUGACGCAGCCUCGGAGGGUGGCAGCCAUCACAGUAGCACAGAGAGUUUCCCAGGAGAUGGGUUUGAGACUUGGGAAAGAAGUUGGUUAUCAAGUGCGGUUUGAUGACUGCACAUCUAAGAGCACCAUGAUCAAGUACAUGACAGAUGGUUGCAUGCUGAGGGAAAUUCUUGCAGAUUCAGUCCUCUCUCAAUACAGUGUUGUCGUUCUUGAUGAGGCUCAUGAAAGGAGUUUAAACACGGAUAUCUUGAUUGGGCUUUUGAAAAAGACCAUGUCUAAAGGGGCCUUGAAUGGCCGGACUGUGCCUCUGAAGGUGGUCGUCAUGUCUGCAACCUUGGAAACAGAAAAACUCUCUGCUUUCUUGGAAGACUGCCCGGUGUUCACCAUCCCUGGUCGAACAUAUCCUGUUACUGAGAAGUUCCUCAACCUGAUUGGCCCCAAAGACACUGAUAGUUCAGUUUAUGUUAAAGAGGUUGUCAAGGUGGCUCUUGAUGUGCACACCAAUGAAAAGGCUGGGGAUAUAUUGGUGUUUCUAACAGGUCAAUCUGAAAUCCAGAAAGCGUGUGAUCUGCUGUUCAAGAAGGCUGAGGCCAUAGACUACCGCUACGACGUGAGCGACUCCUCUGUUGAGGGCCUCCUCAUCCUUCCCCUAUAUGGAGCCAUGCCAACAGAUCAGCAAAAGCAGAUAUUUCAGCCUCCUCCUGAAGGUGUCAGGAAAUGUGUGGUUGCCACCAAUAUAGCAGCUACAUCUCUGACCAUCAACGGAGUAAAAAUAUUCAGUAUGGAAUGGGAAUAGAUCAGAGCAGUAUCUUUUACGGCGUUUGACAAAUAUGCCCCGAUUGUUGUGCAAGUGAAGUCUCCUGCAAAUGGGAUAGUAGCCUAUUCUCCCCAUGAAUUCGCGGUCAUUUGAACGUCCUUAUACGUGUUUAAGGAGGGGUUGUAAAUGUGCUCAUAUCUUCGGACCUCUUCUGU